AUGGACCACAAGAUCUCAGACAAGACUGAACCCGCUGUCUCGGUAGUCGAGUUGGAGGUGGGGUUUCCGAAGAUUUCUCGGCGAAGACGAUACUGGACAAAUAGCAUUUCACUCUUACGGAGAUCAUUUGAUCGCAAUGACCUGGGGGAAUCACCCUGGCCAAAGAUCUGUCGACACUUUAUAUAUGUUUUCACCGUAGCAGUGGUUCUCGGUGCAGUUGCCAUCAUCGUAUACCAUUCCAUUCUCCUCGAUCUUGUUCGAGUUUUGUCGCCUCCAAAAUUACCAGAUACCGGCCUCUCCAAGAUUGUCUCUGAGUGGGUUGAGCCUGGGACAAUACCCACUUCUCCAUCAUGGCUGCCGAACUUCAGUCGAGACAUUCUGCCAAGAGCUAUACACUCGCAUAACGAUUAUUGGCGAGCCGUUCCCUUGUUCCAAGCUCUGUCUUUGGGCGUGACUGGUGUUGAAGCAGACUGCCAUCUCGUCAAUGGAGAGCUGUUCGUAGGACAUACUGCGAGAUCACUUCGUCCCAACAGAACAUUUCGCACAUUAUACCUCGAUCCGUUAACCACGAUCCUCGAGAAUCAGAAUCCAAACAAUAAUUUUACAAACGGAACAAUCAAUGGAGUAUGGGAUACAAAACCAACAGCAAGCAUCGUUCUCAUGACAGACUUAAAGACGGAAGGCUACUCAACACUCGAAGCAGUGCAGCAACAACUUCAACCAUUCCGCGAGAAAGGAUGGCUCACAUACUGGAACGGGACUGCCGUCGUCCCUGGACCAAUUAUUCAUGUUGGAACUGGAAACACUCCUUUUGAUGCAGUCCUCAAUUCAACCUUCUCAAACACCACUUACCGAGACGUCUUCUUCGAUGCCCCUCUCGAUGCUCUUACUCCGUCAUACAACGCAUCCAAUUCUUACUAUGCCAGUACUUCGAUGUCUCACCUCUUCUGGGGCAUCCCAAGUAGUGGUUUGUCGCAAGCCAGAUUAGAUGUCGUGAAAGGACAAAUCGAGAUGGCCAAGAGUUUGGGACUGGUGAGCAGGUACUGGAAUACCCCAUCUUGGCCAGCAACGAGGAGGAUGAAUGUAUGGAAGCAGUUGGUCGACUUGGACGUAGGGAUGUUGAAUGCGGAUGAGAUCCUGGAGGCAUCGAGGUGGAAUUGGAAGUGGUGUAGUGUUUUAGGGUUGCAUUUGUGUUGA